UUUAUUCUAUUAAUUAUUUAUUCUGUUGAUCAAUAGUUUUAAAUUUGUCUAUCUGCCACUCUUACACUCAUCAGAGGGUCAUGCUUAUUAGUUUUUAUUUGAAUAAUUACAAGUGCCGCCCCCAUGAAACUGAAAAAAAAAAAAAUUUCAUUAUAGAAACCCAUAACCUUGAAAUACAGGACAUAUUUCACGUGUCCAUUUCUAUGUCUAACUAGUUAGUCGCAAGCAAGGUCAGAGGUUGCACAUGACUCACGUGUUCAAGUUCAGUUAAAAUAAACGGAUAAUAUUACGUGAUAAAAUAAUAUUUUUAAUUGCAUAUUAGCUUGUGGACGUUAAUAAAUCCUAGUGUAUUUAUUCUGAAAAAUAAUUUCUGUUCAAUAAAUUGUUGGUUUUUAUAUUUAAGAUCCCAGGAAUUGAUUAAUAAAUAAAUAAAAAUGUCUACCAACGAAAGAUCUGUUAAAAAACAACGUUUUGAUAUCUCAUCAUCGGAUUCAGAAUCUGAAGCGCCGUUGAUCGAAAAAGAUCUAUUAAUUAGAAACAUAGAUGCAAUAUUGUCAAGAAUCGAUUAUCAUCUUAAAAAAAUAUCUUCCUAUGAAGCAUCAAAGUCAGAUUCUAAAAAAUCUUCAAACGUUAGACGUAGGGCGAAUGGUCGUAAAGUUAAUUCUAGCAGCAAAUUUUCAUCAUCAAACACAAAUUCACAUUUGGAUAACACGGGUGCCACAGUGGUUCCAGGUUCAAGUGAAGACAAUGACCUAAAAGUAGAGAUUGAAAAAAUUUUAGAUGUAAUAGUUUCAGGUGACCGGCUUACUCAAGCUAUGAAAGAUAAAUUUAUCGAGCUGGUUAAAACGAUCAUAUAUUCACGCCUGACCAUUGGCAAGGGGGCGAAUACACUUCGGGAAAAACUGUUCAAAUACUUAUCUUUUCCUGUGUACAAUUUUUUCGAUCGAAUUCAUCUGUACGAAGCAAUUAAAAAAAAUGAUAAGAGUAGAGUCAAACAUUUUUUGAAGAGGAAUUUCGAUAUCAAUAGCGCUGUUGCUUAUAAUCAUAGUGAUUGCGGUGGGUUGACUGCCUUGGGCGUUGCCGUGGAGUUGGAGCGAAAAGACAUCGUUCAGCUUCUAUUGGAUCACGAAAGAUGUGACGUUAAUGCCGCAGCAGAGUCCGGUUUGACGCCUCUCCAUAUUGCAGCACUGAAAAAUAAUCCGACAAUCGCAAAAAAAUUAAUUAGCAAAGGUGCAACGAUUGAUGUCUACUCCAAGUAUCAGCCGAUUUUUAACUCAUCAUUUUUUCGUUGGGCUGUUCUUAAAAAUUAUGUACUUAAUGAGUCCUGUGAUUUUUUUGAAGCGCUGAAUAUGAACAUUGAUAUGGAAGAUCUGGAUGGUAUGACUGCUUUGCAAGUUGCCGCAAAAGUUGGUAGUUUGGACAUGGUUCAAUUAUUGCUGGACCAUGGUGCUGAUCUCAAUGCUCAAUGCCUAGAUCGAGGCGAUGGAUACACGGCACUGCAUUAUGCUGUAACAAAUGAAAAUAUUCCAAUGGUUGAUCUUUUCCUGGAAACGGGUGCUAGCAUUAAUGUCAAGUCAAAUGAUGAACAGUCAAUCUUACAUCUUUCCGUUGAAACCGGAAGCGAAGCCAUUGUUACACGUUUGUUAAAUGCUGGCGCUGAUGUAAACAUUAGAAGUAAUGUAGAUUUUUAUGAAGGUAUGACACCGGUUAUUGAAGCUACCAAGCGUAGCUUUACAACUAUUAUGUUAUUAUUAAUGGAUAAGGGUGCGAACAUAAAUGCCUUCGUUUUACAUAAAUCAUCUUCAACACUUCUGAAUAUUAUUGACUUCAUUGCGGACUCGGGAAGUUUAAAUUUCAUCUUGAUGCCUGUAUCUUAUACUCGAUUUCAUAAUUAUGAACAUGGUCAGAUUUUAUUAAGGAACGCCGAGAAACUUAUGCAGCAUGUAGUUAAAUGCAGUGUUGUAGGAUAUGUUGAGUCUGAUUUUUUUAUGUUUGUUAGUGCUGGUUUUAGAAAUUAUAAAGAAUUCAAAAAUGAAUGCAAAACUCAAGUGCAGAAAAUGAAAAAAGAAAAAAUUGAGGGUACCCAUGUUUGUUAUCACGAUUUAUUUUUUAAAAAUGUUUAUCAAAUGGCGGUGUAUGCGAAGAAUGAGAACAUUGAAAAAGCAAUGAAUCUUCCUGAUUUAAUGUCCAAGUUUCCGUUGUACGCGCAUAUGUUGAUGGAUUCUUUUGAUAAAGGACGCCAGCGCAAUCAAUUGCUUGAAAAUGUUCACGAUAAUCUGAAAGACAUUUUUAUUAAUUUGCCUUAUUAUUGUGUGACGCAAAUUCUUAAACAUCUAAGUAACCACGAUUUAUCAAAGUGUUCGAAAACAAUUUAUGUCAAUAAAAUGUCCGGGGAAAGACCUGCAAAAAGACAACGUCUGGAUGCAUCAUCAUCGGAAUCAGAAUCCGAUGAGUCAUUGAACGAGAACAAUCUGUCAGAUGGCGGCAACGACCAGAUAAAUGACGAUAAUGCAUCUGACAGCGACAGCGAUCUGUCAUCGGCUGGUUCCAACAACAACGAUGAUGAUUCCGAUGAUGAAACCCCAGAAAAUUUGGCUUUGAAUCUCGUAAGACUUUUAGCGCACGCUUUUGCUGAGACCUACGAUGACGGCGAGGAUGAAAAUGAUGAGGACGUACAUUAUCCAGUCUCAAAAUUGCUAGCAUGCGACUCAGACGAUGAACCCGAUGAAGAUCUAGAUGAAGAUUCCGAGUCUGAUAAGAAAGAGUCCCAGAACACUCCGCUGAUUGCUGCAGUGAAAGCUGAGGAUAUUAAAUUGAUAAAACAACUUUUGCGAACUGGACUGGACAUUGAUGAGCGUGGCGAUGAUAACAAAACAGCACUUCAUGUAGCAGUUGAUAAAGAAUAUUUGACUGGUAUUGAAAUUUUACUCGAGUACGGGGCCGAUAUAUCUGCCAAGAAUUCAUCAGAUAACGGGUACGAUUGCUGGGAAACUCCUUUGCAUUGUGCCGUUAAAAAAAAUCGUCUGGACAUUGUCCAGUUACUCUUGACCAAGCAGAUAGACGUCCGAGCGUUGACCAAAAACCGCGAGACUGUUUUAAACCACGCGAUCAAACGUAAAAACUGGAGGGUAAUAAAAUGUCUGUCCCACAGCAGCUCCAGUAGUAUAAAUAAUGACAAUUUAUUUCGAGAAACGUUUAAAAAUUUUUCAGCGGAACAACUUAAAGAACUUGGAUACGGAGAAAAUGAAAUUGGAAUAUUGUUUGGUAGAUACGCAGACAUUAAUUUGAGAAAUGAAUCCCGUAAGACAGUUUUGUUUUCAGCUGUUGAAAACAGAAAUUUAAAAAUGAUUAAAUAUUUACUGGAGAUGGGCGCUGACAUCAAUGCAGGCAACAGACAUCAAUACUUUGAUGGCUGGACUGCAUUGCACAUCGCCGUUGAUUUGAACCACGAUGACGUUCUCCAGCUUUUACUGAACCACGAGCACUGCAACGUCAAUGCUAAGACAGACAUCGGAGAGACUGCCCUUCACAUCGCAGCGUCAAAAGAUAAUCUGCCGGUGGUUAAAAAAUUAUUAAAGAAAAAUGCAAAGCUCGAUUUGCACACCAGGCAUAAAUUUAUUUCCGGUCUGACGCCAUAUCAUGUUGCUGUCAAUGAAAAUUGUGAGGAAGUUGUUAAAUAUUUUUUGGACUGCCUCAAGAUUGAUGUCAACACAAAGACAAGUCAAGGAGAAAAUGCAUUGCAAAUUGCAGUGCGGGUCAAAAAUAUUGAAAUGAUCAAUUUACUUCUGGAUCGAGGAAUAGAUAUUAAUUAUCACAAUAAAAAUCAGGAUCCAGGAUGCACUGCGUUGCAUUUAGCCGUCAAGAUAAAUGAUAAUGAGAUUGUCGACUUACUUUUGAACAGAGGCGCUGAUGUAAACGUCGUUUCAUUUGAAGGAAAGACGAUUCUGCAUGAAGCUAUUAAUAAAAAAAAUGAUUACAUUGUCAGGCGUUUGGUGGAUUGCGGUGCUGAUGUUAAUAAAAGAAGCAAUUCAAAUCGCUACCAAUUUAUGGCGCCAAUUCAUGAGGCUACUCUACAUAAUUUGGACGAUAUUAUUAAGUUAUUAAUUGAUAAGGGCGCGGACAUAAAUGCCCUUGCUAGAAGUAAUUAUAGUUUUAGAAAAGAGUCUAUUAUUGAUAUGGCGAUUGGUCGCGCUUGCGAAGACCGAGUAUUGCAGAUGCUGCUGGAUUAUGGUGCGGAUAUCAACGAGGCUGCAGUACAUCGGGACUUGGCCAAUUCAACCUCGACAAUACUUGAGCAGCAUAUACUGAAACUUAAAGUUGCUAAGUUGUUUGUUCAUAAAAAACACUUGGACUGGAUAAGUCGCGGUAUUAAGAAAAGAGAAUUUCAGAGCAAGUGCAGUAAAGAGAUCAAGAAAAUGAAAAAUGAAAAAAUAAGUAAAACUAGCGUCAGUUACUAUGAUUUGCUGAUAAAAAACGUUGACCAGGUGAUGAUGUAUGCGGAGAACAAAAAUAUUGAGAGAGCUGUUAAAAACGAUCAGUUGAAGAUCAAGUUCCCGUUAUAUGCGCAGAUGAUAAUUUGCCAUUUUAAAAAGGGACAGAAACGUAAUCGUCUCUUGAAAAAUGCUGAGAAAAUGUUGGAGGAUAUUUUCAUUGAUUUGCCUUACAAUUGUGUAAGGAAGAUUCUGAUCAAUCUUAGCAACGAUGAUUUGUUGGUUUACUUUGGAAAACAAAUGAGUAAAAUAAAGAUGGAUGAUGAUGGGAUUCCAAAUAAACGUCAGCGUUUAGAAGAAUUAGAAUCAAUUAGUGAUAAUUCCUUGGGAAACGAAGACAGUUCUUCAGAAGAGUCUUCAUCGCAUGUUGAUCAUGACGAUAAUGAUGACGAUGAGUGGAGCGAUUCGUCUUUUGACAAGAGCGACGAUUUCGAGGAAGAAGUUGAGGAUGAAGACAGCGACAUAGUUUCGGAAUCAGAUUUAAAUAAAAGUUCAAGUUUCAAUGAUGACAGUCUUCAUACUGCAGUCAAAGAAAACGAUCUCAAAUUACUUGAAAAAAUUCUCAAAGAAGGCGUCGACAUUGACGCGCCAGAUGAAAAUAGCGACACUGCUCUCCACAUUGCUGUUAAAAGACAAAAUAUACUUUUUGUUAGACACCUUUUAAGAUACGGAGCAGAUAUUACCACUAGGACGAACUGGUCGUUCCGAAAAAAUUACACGUCUUUGCAUAUCGCCGCGGAACUAAAGCGGUCCGACAUCGCAAAAGUUUUGCUGACAGUAAAACCAGAUUUUACGACAACUAAAAUAAUUAGUAAUAAAUUAUUCCAGUUCGCGCUCAGGCGAAAAAAUUUCAAAUUGAUGAACUAUUUGAACGGAAACAAUGCAUUUAAUUCAAAGUGCAUUAGAAAAAUAAGAAAAACCCAGUCGUUUAUUUCAUUAGGAACAAUGGGAUACAGUACCGAUAUGAUAAAAUUUCUGUUAGGCGAUCAGUCGGACAUAAAUUUAAUAACAGACGAAGGUGAGACUGCUCUGCUGAUCGCGGUCCGUAAUGGCGACAUGGACAUGCUUAAAUUAUUGCUAGAGAACGGUGGGACUCCUCGUGUCCCGGGUUUUUUCAAAAGUUACAAAGGGUAUUCCGGGUUCCACACAGCCGCCGAAAUGAAUCGCAUCGACAUGAUGAAAGUAUUUAUGGACCAUCAUUUCGACAAAGACGACGCCACCCAAGAGGGGAUCACUGCUCUGCACAUUGCGGUCAUCAACAAAAACGUUGACUUGGUCAAGACUUUGCUGAGUUGGAAUGCCAACGUCAAUGUCAAAGCCAUCUACUACAACCUAGAGGGUUACACGCCCUUGCACAUGGCUGUCGUUGAAAACAGCAUGGAAAUAAUAAAACUCCUGCUGGAUGUCAAAGGCAUCGACAUCCGUGCCACCAACGGCAACAGGGAGACAGCUCUCCACAUAGCCACCAGAAAACAGUACUGUGAUAUCAUCGAGUACUUACUGAAAUUUGAUAUUGAUGUCAAUGCCAAGAGUGGGUUACUUUCGCAAAACAAUUACACGCCUCUGCACAUCGCUGCGGAAAAAAAAAGUAAUGAAAUUAUAAACAUUCUUAUGGCACAUGGCGCAGACAUAAAUGCUGUCACGGCUAGUGGGGAGUAUGCGAUCCACAUUGCAGUUCAUACAAAAGAUUUGAAUGUAAUUCAAAAUUUUUUGUCUCACGGUGUUGACAUCGAUUUGACAACGAGAGCUGGUAAAUCGCCACUGCACAUUGCAGUCUCUGAGGAAGCUGUUAAAGUUGUUGUAUAUUUACUCAGCAAGGGUGCAAAUAUUGAUUUGCGAACACCCAGGGGCUCUUGUGCUCUUGAUAUAGCGAUUGAUUAUGGCACUUUAGAAUUGACGGCAAUAUUAUUGAAUGCUGGGGCUGAUAUUGGUUUUUCGCCAAGGUAUCGUUAUGAAUUUAUUGUUGGGACUAAUUAUAUAUUCAAGCGACAUGUCAUUAAAUUGAUAACAGCGAAUGUAAUGUUGAAGAGUUUGUCUCUUAUCUCGAGUUACUUCUCGUACGGGAAGAAAAUGGAAAAGUAUAGAUCCAAGUGCGCGAAAGAAGUUCAGCUGUUGAAAAAAAGUAAAAUUGGCUCGAGCAAUAUUUCUUAUUAUGAGAUUUUGAUAAAAGAUGUUAGUCAGCUGGCAAAAUGCGCGAAGAAUAUUGAUAUUAUUAAGACACUGGUUCCUGAAAAUGUAAUUAAAAAGUUCCCGCUUUAUGGCAAUUUAGUAGUGAGUCGGUUCAUUAAGGGAAUAAGUCGCAGGGAGAUGGUUACGAAAGUGGAGCCGCUGCUUCUUGAUGUUUUAUAUGAACUGCCGCCAAUAGUAGUGGGAAUUAUAAUUGACUACUUGAGCAAUGAAGAUUUGAAAAAGAUAUCAAAGAAUUUGUAGUUUAUAUCAUUUUUAUUAAUUACAUUAAUGUAUAUUUUGUAAUUAAACUGUUGAGCUUUUUGAUUAUUUAUCAUUUUAAAUAUUCGGCUAUGUAAUUUAA